AUGGUCAACGCCACCGAAGAGCCCAAGGACACGGCCCAGUCCCACUCUGCUCCCGCCACUGACGACGCCCCCCCUCCCGAGGAUGGCGGCCUCGACCUCUCUCUCCUGAAGAAAAAGAAGAAGAAGAAGGCGGCUGAGGGUGCCGAGGGCGCCGAGGACGGCGCCGCUCCCGUCGAUGACGGCGGCCUCGACCUGACCAUGAAGAAGAAAAAGAAGAAGAAGGCCAAGGACGCCGGCGAGGAUGACGACUUCACGGCGAAGCUCAAGCAGCUCGAGGUCAAGGAUGCCGACGAUGGCGCAGAUCCCGAGGUCGAGGAGCAGGGCGACAUGGACUCUGGCACCGGCAUCUGGGCUCACGACGAGACAAAGGCCAUCGGCUACAGCCUCCUGCUCCAGCGCUUCUUCAGCCAGCUGUCGCAGAAGAACCCCGACCAUGCCCUCAGUGGUACAAGGAGCUACAAGAUCCCGCCGCCGCAGUGCAUGCGCGAAGGCAACCGGAAGACCGUAUUUGCCAACAUUGCCGACAUUUGCAAGCGCAUGAAGCGUACAGACGAGCACGUUACGGCUUACCUGUUUGCCGAGCUGGGAACAAACGGCUCCGUUGACGGAAGUAGGAGACUAGUCAUCAAGGGUCGGUUCCAGCAAAAACAGAUUGAAAAUGUCGUCAGGAAAUACAUCAUCGAAUACGUGACGUGCAAGACGUGCAAGUCGCCCGAUACCGAGCUCAGCAAGGGCGAGAACCGACUAUACUUCAUCACUUGCAACAACUGCGGAUCCCGACGCAGUGUCACGGCCAUCAAGACGGGUUUCUCCGCCCAGGUUGGCAAGAGAAGAAAGAUGAAGGUCUAG